AUGUCGUACGCGUCAAGGUACAUCAGUCAUUUGGAAAUAAAUGUUGUUUUCACUUAUCUAUCUGUGUACAUAUAUACAAAAGUUGUACAUGCCCAUGUCGAUGAUGGUCAAUCCUUAGGCCAAUGUUUGCGAAACAAGAAUGGAGGUCGUAUUACCGAAAGCGUCAUGACGUGUGCGGGGUACAAAGCUCUCCACGUGCUUCAACUGUGGGAAGAUUCAGAUAAUUUUUCAGUAAUAGAUGGACUGAAAAUGAAACUGGAAAGUAGAGAGUCCAGAUCACUCGAGAACUUUCUGGAUAAAGAUCCAAUGGACUUUAGGGGUAUUUUGGAAGGAGCCAACGCCAUAAUGAGUAAACGCAGCAUGGAGUGGGACAUGAGCACGAUCCAUCCGGGAUUGAUUCUCCGCAUCGGGCCAUCAUCGAAUGGACCCGGUUUGCUCGAGUUCAUCAUGGACGGGAACCAGGAGAGAGACAAUAUAUACGAUCGAGAUUCGGAACGAGAACCCAGUACAGCACGUGUUUUGACGAGACAGUUUAUUGUACCCCUACUACUAGGCUUGAAGUUCAAUCUGGCCACUUUACUGCCUUUGAUUUUUGGAGUUCUCAUUCUCAUAAGUAAAAAGGCAAUAUUUAUUUGCAAAAUGGCCGUGGUAAUAUCCAGCGUAUUUGGUUUUGGUGGUUUAUUUUCAUCGAACGGUUUCAAUCAACUUGGUGGGGGACACGGUUCAGGUUUAUAUGGAUACGAUUAUGGGGGACGACCUGGUUAUCAUCACCAUCAUUCAGAUCACCACCAUUACAAAAAUUAUAAACAAUUUGAUGAAGCAGCGGAAGCAAAAACUACUACUCCGAGACCAGUGGACAACUUUUAUAAAUACGAGGAUCAACUUCAUUUUAGAGACAGAUUGGAUCGAUUAUACAACAAAGAUCAGUAUACUUCCGCAAAUCGGCAAUUCGGCUGGCAAAUGCUAACACCAAAGUAA